UAGUUCGUUUUCGUCUUUCUCCUACCUUAUAUGUUGGUUAUAGUAGCAAAUAUCCCUAUAUAUAAUCUUUACUCUUGUGCUGUUCAUUUUACUCCAAGCAUUACACGAAUUAUUUCUCUGUCUCCUCUCGUCUAUAGUCUAAAACUAUUUCUUUAUUGAUCUCUCAUCACUUUUUGAAAAGUUUAAUUUUUUUUCAUUCAAUAGCCUUUCUCCUACACAAAAGAGGAAGCUUUCUUUAUCUUAACGUAUAACAAACCCUUAUUUAACUUUCUAUUACAUUCAUAUUAUGCAUCUAACCAUGUUUUCCCUUUCGUCUAUGCAAUCUAACAAUAUUCAAACUCAAUCAUCUUCAUCCCUACUUAUCAACCACCACCACCAACAUAAUGGUUUUCAUCAUUUGACUCAUGUUUCAAUUCGACCGUCACCUCGAAUUCACCACCGCCUACUCUUCUCUCCCCGUGCCCAAAUUGUCAACUUAACUACCACCAGCAACAAUAACUAUGUCUCAAUUCCAAGUCUGGAUGAUAAUCUUAGCAAACUUCACAAAUCUUCAAGAUCAUCGAGUCUCUCGAAUAUCGAAGAAAGUACAUCAUCACAUCCCCUCUCAAGUUCCAACAAGCUCAAAAUAGCUAUUAUAGGGUUUGGCAACUUUGGACAAUUCAUUGCCAAGGCCUUCAUUAAACAAGGCCAUAUUGUACUAGCACAUUCUCGUACUGAUUAUUCUCUCAUGGCACAAUCCCUUAAUGUCAACUUCUUCAAAGAUCCCAAUGAUAUAUGUGAGCAACAUCCCGACAUCAUCUUACUAUGCACAUCCAUUAAUUCCCUCGAACGUGUCAUUUGUUCUCUUCCCAUCCAAAAGCUUAAGCGUAACACACUUUUCGUAGACGUACUAUCAGUCAAAGAAUUUCCAAAAAAUAUUUUCCUUCAAUCACUACCUCAAGAAUUUGACAUUUUGUGUACUCAUCCUAUGUUCGGUCCAACAAGUGGUAAAGACAAUUGGAAGGGACUACCAUUUAUGUUUGACAAAGUUAGAAUUGGCCAAAAAGAGUCAAGGAUUAAUAGGGUCAACAAUUUCAUUAACAUUUUUGAGAAAGAAGGUUGUAGGAUGGUAGAAAUGAGUUGUUGUGAACAUGACAAAUAUGCUGCUGGCUCACAAUUUAUUACACAUACCAUAGGUAGAUUAUUACAAAAACUCGGACCAGAGACAACUCCUAUAAACACAAAAGGUUAUGAAAAAUUGUUGAAUUUGAUGGAGAAUACAACUGCUGAUAGCUUUGAUUUGUAUUGUGGUUUGUUUAUGUACAACAAUAAUUCUAUGGAGGUCUUAGAGAAAUUGGAUGCUGCAUUGGAUAGUUUGAAAAGGGAAUUAUUUGGAAAAGUUCUUGAGAAGUUAGAGAAGAAGGUGGAAAAGGAAAGUAGGCUUGCUUUACCUACUCCCUUGGCUAAGAAUAUUGAAAAGUUGCAAGUUGAGAGGAAGGAGGAGGCUCUUUCUUGAUCCUAAGUGAAAUUCAAGUUGGUCAUUUUUUAAUAUGUUUAACAACCCAGUGGUUGAUUUGUUUAAUAAGAGGUUCAUAUUAUUAAAAAUUCUUACGUUAAAUUACUUGUCAAUUUGUUAAAUUACUUGUCAAUUUACAAAAUCAAUUUUUCCUUA